CGGCGGGAGAGAGGGCGCCACGAGGUGCGGGGUCGUCCUGGUGGGGACGAUAGGGGCGAAUGACCUACAGGACUGAUCUCCCGCUAAGCCUCCGCGUCCUGCGCUGGUUCGGGGCUGAAGGGGUGUCCCGCCGCGGAGAUAUGCUGUCCUGAGCCUGCAGGAGGGACUGUGAGGUGCCUGGCAUGCCCAUCAUCGUAGCUGCAACUAGGGGGAUUGGAGCUGAACUGCCAAGGAACCUGGUCCCACAGCAGGAGGAAGUGCGUGCCACCGCCUGUGGCGGGGAGACCUGAGGCUGGGGGCUGGUGGUUUGGCAGUGGGAGGUGGAAACUCAGAUUUCUCAGGUACCCAGUACAUCUCAGGGCUGGUGGGGGCGUGUGGAUGGGCAGGGAGGAAGCAGUCGAAGGUGCACCCCCUCACUAGUGGCUGGGGUGGACGGUGGUGUCAGCACUGACCGAGUCGGAGAGGGAGAAGAGAAGCAGGUUUCUGCAGCGUAAGUGAGCAGCCGUGCGCCGUUCCUGAUGUGCUCGGCACGAGAUGUCUGGAAUACACCCGAUGAACACUUGGAUGUGGAUUUGGAGCCCAAGGGAGGCCUGAACCGGAGACACAGGGUCGGGUCAGGAAGGUCGGCUCUGGGCUGGGGCCGAGAGGUGGGUAAGAUCGUCCAAGAUGGUAUGGCGAAGACCAGACCUUCUGAAACGCGUAAGGAGCAGCCGGAAUGGUGGUGAAGAGGCGACCUCAAGUACAAGGCAAAGUGGUUGUGAAUGGGAGGGGAAAGGACGGAAGGUGGAGAGGGGUGGGUUUGAUGCUGGGGAGGAAGAGGGUGAAGAGUCCGGGCCUAGAGGAAUUAGGCGCAGAGUAAAUCCUUAGGGCAAUGUCUGCAGACAGGAAGAGGGGGAGCAGCUGGGACGGAGAGGGGGCUGGAGGCCGGCCUCGUGGUGACCGCCUUAAAGGGUUGGAAAAGUCAGAUGCUGACCAGUUCUUGGCGUGGCCCUCAUCAAAGCCCUGCUGUACCCCAUUGGGACGGGCCUCCACUGCGCAGAACCGUGUUCGUCCCGUCGAAGGCACGAGAGCGCAUGCCCAGAGCGGCGGGCAUUGUCACGUGCGCCGGUCUCGCGGCCUCUGGCUCCAGCCGGCGAACUCGGGGGUUCGCGAGCGCCGGGGCCGCGGCGGCUGGAGCGGAGGGAACCAACGGCGGCAGUGGAAGAGAGCCGGCACUCGGGACCGCCGUCACCCCUCCGGGAUGGAGGUCCUGGACGAGUUCGACGGCGAGUUCCCCCAGAGUGUGACCUUCUGCCAGCUCAUCUCCGAAGAGGACUUCGAGUGGCAGGCGGCGACCUACACGGAGCACGCGCUGCGCCGCCUCUUCCACAGCCUGGACAGCAACCCCGCGCUGGCCGAGAGGGUGGUGCGCCGGGGCAAGCAGGCCGAGCGCGAGCGGCGCGGGCUCCUCUCCUUCCUCUGGGCGAAGUUCGUCUGUGCCGUCCAGGGGGAGCUGAACUGUUGCAACAGCGUGGGCGCCCUGGAGAUGCAGCAGCGCCUGGAACAGCUGAAGGAGCGCAUCCACCGCGUGCACCUCUACUCACAGGGUGCCAAGAAGAAGAGAAGGAAGCCAGAACCCAUCCUUUUGCGGGACCGACCCACCUCUGCGUGCCUGCCUUCAGCUCUGCCGGCACCUCCAUCGUUGCCACCAACUGCCACCACCACGGCUGCCCCGGCGGCCCCAGCAGCCCCUGUGUACACUAUGCCCAGGGUCUUUGGCCCCUUCCCUGUGCUGCCCAGCGAGUCGGUGGAAAACAUAGAAGUUUCAAGGUCAACAGUGAAAUUAAACUGGACUAGCCUGUCAUCAAACCCAAAGAGCCACAUGGUAGAUCUGACCCCCGUGGUCCUCAACCCUGGAGGCGUCCAUUUCUCGUACCUGGCUGGGAACAGUCCAGACAAGCUCCAUGGCCCUGACUUCCCCUGGACCUCGGCCUGUAGUGACUCCCACAGCACCGAGGAGAUGCCAUCCCCUCCUUUGAAGGCCUCCGUCUUUAAUCCGCCUGUCCUGCUCAAGUUCCAGCCUGUGCCCAGACCCAAAGAUGACUCAGAGAAUGACGCUGGCAGCAUAGAGCCCAAGCCCCACAAGAGGGACCCGUAACCUCUUCCCUCCAGACCAUGGCCAGAAGAAUGAAUAAAGUUCCUA